CCACUUGGGCUGGGGCCAGCAGAGGACUUUGGCACAGCCCAAGCCAACCCUCACUAAACAGCUGGAGCGCCGAGUCCCCUGGGCUCUGGUGUCCAGUCAUGAAACGCCACUUCACAGACCACAGGGGAGAACAAUCACCAACAGAUGGGACCAGCCUUAGCUUGGCCAGCCCAGAGCCCACGGGGGAGAGUGUGGAAGUGUGCAGUUCAGGGACCGUGGAGAGAGAGAAGACACCUUCACGGUGGGGGCCGGCCAUUCCCCACGAGGAGAACGUGUGCUUGGCCCGCAGGGCUCCUGCGAUGCUGAGCUGGAGCGGCUCCUCGUCCUCCCGGUCCUCCUCCGAGUAUCAGUCUUACUCCCAGUACCAGUCUUGCUACUCCUGCCUAUACGACGAAGAGGACACGGCCCAGCGAAGUGUGUGCGCCUUCUACACCCACGUGCAGACGGUGCAGGGCGUGGCCGUGGCCUGGGAGACCGAGUCAGGCUUUGAGCCGGUCAGCCGGAAGCCCCGCAUUCACGAGGCCGAGUUCAUCAAGAGGCAGAGGAGGAAAGGCUCCUCCUUUGAGAUGGCUUCCAACAGCGACCUGUGCUGGGAACUGGAAGCCAGCAAGAGCCACUGCUGCCCAGAGCAGGAUGACGCGGAGCUGCUGGGGUCUCUGGAGUGCUGCCCGCAGGAGCUGCGGGACACCCCGGACUGGCUGGUCACCACGGACUACGGGCUGCGCUGCGUGGCCUGCUGUCGGGUCUUCCCCACGUUGGAGGCUCUGCUCAAGCACGCCCAGUAUGGCAUCCAAGAGGGCUUCAGCUGCCAGAUCUUUUUUGAGGAGAUGCUGGAGAGAAGGCGGGCCCGGGGCCAAGUCCGGGAGCAGAAGCUGGAGGAGGAGGAGGAACAGAGCCCUUCAGAGGGCAGUGAAUGUUCGCGGCCCCAGGCCAGGGCGCUUCCCUCGUAGCGGCAGCAGGAGCAGUGAGCCGGAGGUGAUGUGACCAGCCCUGCCCUCACCUCUGGCACCUCGGUGGCUCCUUCCCCAGCCAGCAGGACCAGAACUACCCCGGCAGGGGGGAGAAGAGGAGAUCCGGGGGGAGAAAGCAAGCGGGAGCCAGAGCUGGCAGGGCCGUGACAAGGGGGAGAACCCUUCCAAAGGGCACAGCGUUUGAACCAGAGUCCAUUUCGAACCUGAAUCCAAAGAGGGAGGGCUUCAAGUGUUUCUGACGAUGGGCACAAGAUCUGAAGCCCGCAAGCGUGUGGCCACAGAGAUUUUUAAUUUUUGCUGGUGGAUCAAGCAGGUCAUGACCCACAGGAGAGCUGACUGCAAAUGAAGCUUCUGCCCUAUAUUUUUCAUUGUUAGGAACCUGCUAUAUGCCCUAAUUCUAUGUCUUAUUUUAGUGGGAUUAAACUUGAGUAACUCAAAACUUAAGGCAAUAGCUAAAGGGGUGAGCCAUGCUAUGAGGUUGGGGGCCAUAGGAA